CGCUGCCUCUCCGUUUUAGCUAUAUGCACCGGGGUGACUUACUAGAUAAGGGAUACUCGAUAGUUAGGUAGAGCGCUUAAAUAAGGCCUUGCCAGUUGCCACAGGCACACCUCGUGCUGAUCCACGGUCGUCGGUCCCAAACUCUCGGAGACCGUGUUUUCAAGGACUAUACCGCCCCUCGAACGUGCGACCAAAGACGAUAGUCGCCAGUCGCAUUCACUUAUACAUCGGGGUCCAUAGCUAUCCUCCGUACGUGCUCCUACUUGGCUACAAAGAGACAAUCUAUUCUUAUCGCUCUCCAAGAACCGCCCUCGACAUCGCAAUCCAGCCUGUGGUUGGAACCACAAUACGCAGCCUCUCGCACUCUCUUUCGCCGUCGACUUUCUUUUCUUUCUCACACUCUCUCACUAUCUUAUUCGAUGAGUGGCCAGAGGUUAUUGUUGUGAUUUGACCUAGCGCCAUCUUUGACCUACUUCUUCUCUUUACCCUGCUCCUCCUGCUGCUAGUCUGCUACUACCUUAAUAGCCUUGGGUAUACUGCUGACCUGACCCAAAAGAGAAACCCUGUUCCUCGUUCUCUUUCUCAAUCUCCUUUCCUCUCACUCUCUCUCCUUCUUCUCUUUCACACUUCGUGCCCUUCCCUGGAAUUUCGGUCCUUAGUGAAUUUCUCUAUCCUUCUCUUCCCUUCCAGUCGCGAUGAAGGCCAUCCGGCGCUCCUUGAAGGGGGAGAAAGAUCCCAGGCAUCAUCAUCAUCACCAUAUCUCCAUCACUCCAAAGUCCGCCAUUGCCAUCCUGCCACCUAAGAAGGUCAUCAAAGCGCUCUACGACCACACUCCUGAGCCCGGCACCACCCAGGAAUUGGCCUUUAGCAAGGGCGACUUCUUCCACGUUAUCAGCAGGGAGGACGACUCGGACUGGUACGAGGCCUGCAAUCCGCUCAUCCCUAGUGCCCGAGGGCUCGUUCCCGUCUCCUUCUUCGAGGUCAUCGGUAAAAACGAAAGGGAUAGUGGGGGGUCCGUGGAUCUACAUAAAAAGGAACACCACGAUUCUGGCUUCUCCGACCGCAAUCCCUCGUCCGAUUCUCCCACCAACACCACCCGACAAGGGGCGUUCAGAAUGUCUGCUCUCGGAAAGGGCCAGGGCGCCAUGGUUUACGGCAUAGUUCAGUAUGAUUUCCAGGCUGAGCGACCCGAUGAGUUGGAUGCGCGCGCCGGCGAGGCCAUCAUCGUUAUCGCCCAGUCGAACCCGGAGUGGUUUGUCGCUAAGCCUAUCGGUCGUCUCGGUGGCCCAGGCUUGAUCCCCGUCUCAUUCAUCGAAUUGCGCGACAUGCAGAGUGGUCAGGCCGUGACCGAUCCGCUGGAGGCAGUGCGCCGCGCAGGUGUCCCCAAGGUCGAGGAGUGGAAAAAGAUGACCGCGGAGUACAAAAACAGCAGUAUCACGCUGGGCAAACUUGAACCCUCUGGUGGCGGCGUCGUCGCGGUGACUGCAGGCAUGGACAAGAUGUCCAUGAGCGGAUCGCACCAGAGCGCCAGCCACAUGAGUCAGAAUGGCAACUCCUAUGCAUACCACCAACGCAACGCCAGCAAAGGCACUAUAGCCGGCCAAGCUGGCUACCAGCCACCCCUCCUCGCGCCCGUUGCCGCCUCGAUCCCGCGCUACUGCUUCGACAACGACAAGUACUGGUACAUUAUCGAGGCAAAGAUGGAUGAUGGGCGAUGCUGGGAAUUGUCACGCUACUACCACGAUUUCUACGACUUCCAAAUCGCCCUUCUCACCCAAUUCGAAGAUGAGGCUGGCAACCGUGGCCGUCCUCGCACCCUGCCCUUCAUGCCCGGUCCCGUCACCCACGUCACAGACGCCAUCUCCAACGGUCGUCGCCAGAACCUCGACGAGUAUAUCAAAAAGCUGCUUUCCAUGCCUCCACACAUCUCCCGUUGCCAACUAGUACGGCAGCUAUUCGCUCCGCGCCAGGGCGACUUUGAAAUUGACCCUAGCGCUUUCGGUGAGGAGGCGCGCUACUCGGACCAAUCGCACCACUCUUCCUCCGGUCUGGAGCCGUCGCGCAGCGUGUCCCGUCAGUCCUCACAGGUGCCCAUGAACGCCGGGCCCGACCGCGCAUCGCAGCAGCGCGCCCAAGGUGCUGCCACCCCCGCCGCCUACGCUAACGGUGGCCCACCCCCGAUGAACCGUCAGGCUAGCUCCUUGACCCAGGUUUCUAGCACGUCCAAUUCGAGUGCUAUGAAAGUCAAGGUGUUUUUCCAGGACGAUCUGAUUGCCAUCCGCAUUCCGUCGGGUGUGAGUCUGCAGCACCUCAAGGACAAGCUGUGUGAUCGACUCAAGAUCCAGGAGGAUAUCAUUGUGCAGUAUCGCGAUGAGUCCUCUGGCACUUAUGUCGAUCUGCUAUCAGAUCAGGAUCUGGAGGGCGCGAUGCAACGCAACACCAAGUUGACGUUGUUUGUCAAUAUUGCAUAAACGGGUUGAUCCUCUCCCUACGUGCUUCUUUUCGACUCUUUCAAACUUUCUGCUAUUCUCUGUUUGAUCAUUGUGAUAGACCUUUUUCUUCCUCUCCCUUCCGUAUCUUUUCUCCAUGUUCCUGGGUGCAUCGGCGUUUCGGCAUCUCUUCUUUCGGGAGGGCUCUCGCCCCGAGUCCUCCCUCCUGUCUUUUUCCAGCGAUGAGCUUCGUUUUCUGUUUUCUUCUGCAGGGGAGGAUGAUCAUCGCGAUGUUAUGAGUAUGAUGUGUGAUGUUUGGCAUGUCUUUUUUAUUCUGAUAUUUGCAAUUCUCUCAUCAUUACCUAUGCCCAAUCCCCGCUGUUCUCUUUUUAUCUUUACUCUCCCCUGGUUUGAAUUUCUAUCAGGCUUCUGAUUAUCACCAUGUACUGCUCACAUCUGAGCUACCGAUUUCCAUUUCAUUUUUCUUGUUUCCUCUUUGACGUCCUCCGUGUUGUGGGUGACAUACCCCUGGGUGCGCUUUUUUUUCUUUUGUCUGCUCCAGUGACUUGUACAUAUGCUCCUUCUUGUGCAUAUACAGUGAAGGUUUCCCGACUGAUAUAUCUUCUAGCAGUCAUUGUUAUACCAAUAUCAUCAAUUGUAUAACUAGUGAA